ACGGCUAUCAAGGAAGAUAGCACCUCCUUUCAUUUCUUCGGCGCUUCGUGCCAAGUUCUAAGCUAAAGGAACGCGAUUUACGCUACAUUUAUGACUUGAGUAACCGGACGAGCCUGCUCCCAGGGCCACUGGAUGCUGCUACCUGGCAUAAGAACUGCCGGUUAUCAGAUCUCCUUGAAGAGCCACUCCCCAGUGACGGACAAUGUCUUCCAUAGAUCCCUAUCAAUACAUCAUAGUGGAGCACCAGUACUCACACAGAUUCAAAGUGACCGUAGUGCGUGCUGAGAAUGUCACGAAAGGGGCUUUGGGUGACCUAUUGGAUACACCAGACCCCUAUGUGGAGCUGUUCAUCCCGACUGCCCCAGAGACCAGAAAACGGACACGCCAUAUAGACAAUAAUGUUAACCCAGAGUGGAAUGAAACCUUUGACUUCAUUUUGGACCCCAAUCAGGAAAAUGUCUUGGAGAUGACCCUAAUGGAUGCAAACUAUGUCAUGGAUGAGACUCUUGGCACAGCAUCAUAUUCCAUCUCCAAAAUCAAAGUGGGCCAGCCAGAGACGAUACCGUUACAGAUUGGCAAAGCAACCAUGGUAUACCUUGAGAUGACACUGGAAGUUUGCUCCUCCACUGACCUGCGCUUCAGCAUGGCCCUGUGUGACAAGGAGAAGCUGUACAGGCAGAAACGGCGAGACAGAGCCAUGUUGGGGAUCAAGAAGCUCUUGAACAUGGAGAAAGGCCAUUUCCUGCCCAGCUCGCCUCAAGAGGUGCCUGUAAUCGCCAUCGUAGGAUCAGGGGGAGGUUUCAGAGCCAUGGUGGGCUUCUCUGGGGUAAUGAAGGCUCUGUAUGAGUCUGGAGUCCUGGACUGUGCCACAUAUGUCGCUGGGCUGUCAGGGUCCACCUGGUACAUGUCGACGCUGUACUCCCACCCUGACUUCCCCACCAAGGGCCCCCGGGAAAUAAACCAGGAGCUGAUGAACAGCGUGAGCAGCAACCCGCUCCGGCUACUCAUGCCCCAGCACAUCAAGCACUACAUCAAGUCUCUGUGGACCAAGAAAGCCGGCGGCCAGCCCGUCACCUUCACCGACAUCUUCGGCAUGCUUAUCGGGGAGACCCUGAUCCCUGGGCGCAUGGACUCCAAGCUGAGCCAGUUACAGGAAAAGGUGAGCGAGGGGCAGAGUCCAUUGCCGCUGUUCACCUGUCUCCACGUCAAACCCGAUGUCUCUGAGCUGAUGUUUGCAGAUUGGGUCGAGUUCACCCCAUAUGAGAUAGGAAUGGCAAAAUACGGGACUUUCAUGACCCCUGACCUCUUUGGGAGCAAGUUUUUCAUGGGUAGCGUGGUGAAGAAGUAUGAGGAGAACCCACUGCAUUUCCUCAUGGGGGUGUGGGGCAGUGCCUUCUCCAUCCUUUUCAACCGAGUUCUGGGCGUGAAGGACACGGGCGCGGGAGCAGGCGGUGGCACCAUGGAGGAGGAGCUGGAACAGAUAAAACCAGAGCACAUCGUAGGAGAAGAUCACCAUGACAAUGAUGAUGAGCAAUCAUCGCGCAAAGCAGGCUCAGAGAACGUGGAGGGGGAGGAGGAGUUCCAGCGCCACGCGCAGGCCAGCUGGGCUCAGCGCAUGUUCACCUCCCUGGUGGGCGACACCUCGCUCUUCAACACCCGCGAGGGCCGGGCCGGGAAGGUGCACAACUUCAUGCUGGGCCUCAACCUCAACACCUCCCUCCCCUUCUCGCCAUUCAGAGGCCUCAUGUACCAGACGUCGGUGGAGGAGGAAGUGGACGCGGUCACAGACCCAGACGAGUUUGACCGCAUUUACGAGCCCCUGGACGUGAAGAGCAAAAAGAUCCACGUGGUGGACAGCGGCCUGACGUACAACCUCCCGUACCCCCUGAUCCUGCGGCCUCAGAGGGGCGUGGACCUCAUCAUCUCCUUCGACUUCUCGGCACGUCCCAGCGACUCCAGCCCGCCCUUCAAGGAGCUGCUGCUGGCGGAGAAGUGGGCGCGUAUGAACAAGCUGCCUUUCCCCAAGAUUGACCCCAAAGUGUUCGACAGAGAGGGGCUGAAGGAAUGCUAUGUGUUCAAGCCCAGGAAGGGAGAUAAGAGCUGCCCUACAGUCAUCCAUUUUGUGCUGGCCAACAUCAACUUCAGGGACUUCAAAGCACCUGGAGUGCCUCGGGACACGGAGAUGGAGCGGGAGUUCGGUGACUUUGACAUUUUCGAUGACCCCGAGACGCCAUACUCCACGUUCAAUUUCCAGUACUCCAACAAAGCAUUCACCCAACUGCAGGACCUGAUGGAAUUCAACACCCUCAACAACAUUGAAGUAAUCAAGGACGCCAUCAAGGACAGUGUCCUGCAUAGACGAGAGAACCCGUCCCGGUGCUCUGUCUCCCUGUCUCUCAACGAAAUCGAGAACAAGAAGUUUCUGAAGAGAGACACUGGUCCAAAGCUGCUGCUCCCACAGAAGAAGUGAUGGAGCAAGGCUGGAAAUGGUGGUGGGGUUGGAGGGGUUUCCUCACUAAAAACUAAUGUUGUAUCACCGACACUGCUAGUCUGCCUCAUUACCCUGCAGCUUAAUGGCACAUACCCUCUUCCCUGUGACGUCUUCUUCUGUGUGUGUCUUCGCUGCGAGAUAGGAGGAAAGGUUAAAGUUUACUUCGGCAGACCUGCAAGAGUUUCUCUGAAAGACGUGACUGGGACACCUGUCCUCCUCCAGUUGCCAAGCAGAACCCAGAGGGAAAUUUUCUUCUGUUGUAAGCAUACCUGUGUCAAAUACGUAACCGUUUUGGAUUCACAUACUUUGUGUGCUCGAUUGAUCUUGCCUGGUGCAUUUGAGCCAACCCAGAGGACCUGAAAGUGGGAUUCACACUUUUUGAGAGUAUUUCAUAGGUUCCAAUGCACCAGAUGAUCUCAGUAAAGCAUUGAAAGGUAUUUGAACCCAAAACAAUGGUAUUUGACCCAGGUCUGGUCAUAAGGAGGUGAAAUGGCAGGAACAGAAUUGUCAUUUAAUUUGCGCUGACCCACACUACAUUCUCUGUUACCGUUAUUCGUUGGUCAGGAAAUCAAGUGUGUCAACGGUUUCCACAGAGUCUUCACCUCCAAUCAACCUAUCAAGCCAUUUAUUUCAUACUGCAUGUGCACAAAAGGUAUUAGAACUGCAAAAAAAAAUGUAAUUGACUUUGCCCCAACCUUGAUCCUUCAAAAUUAAAUCCAACAUCAACUGUUGCCAAGUUACAUAACCAGCUAUGGAUAAGUACUGUAGUUGAAGUAUCCAGGGCGAUAGACUUUUUUCAUGAAUGUAUUAUUCCAGCAGCCUGUGCAUAGAAGCACAGCCACUGGAAUCUGGAUUCAUUUCCUCUUCGCUUUUUUCCUGAGGGUAUGAGGGUGUAACCUGAGCCCAGACUCUCUCCACCACCUCCCCUCCGGGGGAGAUUUUUCACUGACGUGGCGCUUAGUGAAAUCCGUGGUUCUCACGCAGGCAACGGACCAAGUAUCGCUUUACCGCCCGCCAUGGAAUUUUACACAAUUCCACCGAUGGGAAUGGGUCUCACUUUUCCAGAAGACAAAAAUGUUGGAAAAAAAAGCCUCUGCUGCAUAGUAAGAUGGGAAAUUAGAACCUAUUCGCUUAUUUCUGUUUUGCCGUUACUGUCUCGUCUAUGAUUUAUUAUAUGGAAGAUUUGAAGCUUAUUUCAGACUAGAGGCUGAAGCAUAUUUCCCUGUGAGAGUCACAAAUUGGUCUGGGUUCAGUCCUUAACUUUGCCUCACGUUUAAAGGCGUGUGUAAUUUUUUGUGUUGCAACGGGUUCAUGUUGGCUCACCAAAUAAUUUUUGUGUAGAAUGAAAAAUUAAUUAGAGAUUGAAGCUGAACCCUUUAUUUCAAAUAUUUUUGCUUUAUGGAGCAAAAAGCAGAUAUUCACAAUAUUUCUCAUAGCAGUCUACAUACCAUCUUGUGCCACAGCUGUGUAAACAAUGAUUCAAAUACCAUGGCAUAUUGAGAAAAUGGAUCAGUUGAAAUGGAACAUGAAUGUCACUGAUCCUAGUACUCUUUGUAAUUUGUUAGAAAAUGAAGCUUUGUAAGUUUUUGUAUGUUACUGUAGAUUUAAGGUGCAUAGAAAGUAGAAAAUAUUUUUCAUUUUUGUUCUUUUAAUUGUACUAUAUUAAAUAAUUUAACAACAAUGUUUACAUCAAUGUAGAUCACUUAGCUGUUUUUAAAUGGGUUCCAAACAUACAGUAUCUCAAUGGCAAUCUGCUAUGUAAAUGUAAACUAUUAACCUUUUUUAAUUAUGGUGACUGUUAUAUUUAUGUUAAUGUAACAUUUGACUUAGUGAAAAUUGUAUGUAUCCUAUUUAAUAUGUUAAAGAAAAAACUGUGUUACUCCAUCUCUCUGUCAUGUACUAAAUAAAGAGUAUACUUCAAA